GAAAGGAAGCCGUGUUUAAUUCUUCAUCGCUCUCCAUCUCAACAACGUGGUCUCUCAGCUCAGCCACUUGAAUCUCCGCUGGGUGGGACGGCCAUCUAAGCAAAGAGCCAUACUACCACUUCUUCAUCUCUCCGGUGCUCAUUAUCUUCGUCUCUCGGCCACUGAACUUUCCCAUUUUGGUUGAAAGUUCUUCUCUUUGUGGUGGUGUUGUUGUUGGUGUUGUUGUUGGUGUUGUUGUAAAGUAAUGGCGGGAGAUCAGACGGUGGCUUUGUUGAAGAAGAAGACGAAGGUGUAUGUCCAUGGUUGCCCGGGUUGUGAACAGGACAGGAUGAAACGAGAUUACAAAGGGUUACCAUACAAAGCGUUCUUCUUUGUUUUUGUUGCUACUCUUUGCUCUUCUCUACCGGUACAAUCAUUGUUUCCUUUCUUGUAUUUCAUGAUAAGGGACUUGAAUGUUGCCAAAAGAGUGGAAGAUAUUGGUUUUUAUGCUGGAUUUGUGGGUUCUGCAUUUAUGGUUGGGAGGAUGCUUACAGCGGUAUUUUGGGGUGUGGUGGCUGACCGAUAUGGACGAAAGCUGGUUAUAAUGUUUAGCAUCGCCUCAGCCAUUGUCUUUAACACACUCUUUGGACUAAGUGCUACCUACUGGAUGGCAUUUGUUACAAGAUUUCUUCUUGGAGCUACUAACGGUUUACUUGCCCCUUUAAAGGCUUUUGCUACGGAAGUUUGCCGGGAAGAACAUCAAAAUCUAGCAUUAUCACUUUUUACAACAACUCGAGGCAUAGCUCUAGUCAUUGGUCCUGCCAUUGGAGGUUUCCUUGCACAGCCUGCAGACAAAUUUCCGACUAUAUUUUCUAAAGAUUCUAUUUGGGGGAGGUUCCCGUAUUUCCUACCAUGCCUUUGUAUUUCGCUCAUCUCUCUUGUUUCAUUUAUCAUAUGUUUAUGGCUCCCAGAAACUUUGCACAAGCAUGGUAACAAUGAUGAAGAAGAUAGAACAACAGAAACUCAGUGCAUUUCACAAAUUGACCCUGAAGUGAAAGAAAACGGUGAUAAUCCUGAGAAAACAUAUUUACCUGAAAGUGAAAAUCUCUUUAAGAAUUGGCCAUUAAUGUCAAGUAUAAUGGCUUUCUGUGUUUUCUCUCUUGUUGAGAUGGCCUUUGCUGAGAUAUUCACCUUAUUUGCUGUGAGUGAUAAGAAGUUUGGAGGAUUAAGUAUGUCGUCACAGGAUGUUGGUGAAGUGCUUUCUAUCACAGGUUUUAGCCUUAUGGUGUAUCAGUUGUUUGUGUAUCCAUUUAUAACAAGGCUUUCAAGUCCCCUUGUUUCAGCUCGUGUAGCAGCGAUUAUAACAAUACCACUGGUCACGACUUUUCCGUUCAUGACUUAUCUCUCUGGGUUUGUCCUUUCAUUUGUAGUCACCUGUGCGUCGGUGUUGAGAAAUGUUUUCUCUGUGACAUUUAUAACAUGCCUGAACAUUUUGCAGAACAAUGCAGUGGCACAACACCAAAGAGGAACUGCAAAUGGCAUUUCUGUUACUGCAAUGUCUUUUUUUAAAGCAAUAGCUCCAGCUGUUGGUGGUAUUGUAUUCUCAUGGGCGCAAAAGAGACAGCAUGCAGCGUUCUUGCCAGGUGAUCAUAUGGUCUUCUUUGCAAUCAAUGUAGUUAAUUUGAUUGGGAUCUUCAUGAUCUUCAAACCCUUUUUGGCUUUGCCUACUGUGAAGUAUGUCACCUAAUAUUGCUGCUGCCUUAUAAUUGUGUCUGUUUAUUUUGCUGAAAUUCAUGCCAUUUGUUAUUCUAAAUUUGUGAUGUACAUUUGGGAUCUUUUGAAGUUAAAGAAUAAUUUUU